AGCAAAGUAGAUAUGUCAUCAGAACACUUCACAAAGCCAUAUUUGUUUCUCUUCAACUGCUGCGAAAACUCUUUUUCCAACUACCACGAUCAAGUUAUAACAAAAUAUGGCCAGUAUCACCCACAAGAGCUUAUUGUUGACGGCAGAUCAGUCGACGAAACCCGCCGAGGGGGCGGCAAAACCUGCCGACGCCCUCUCGGCGGAGCUGAGCUUGUUUACCAUGUCAGACAAUAAGAUCAUGGACCUAAUUUACGAAUCUCACGUUCAUUCCGAUCAAUCAUUUGAUGAGGCUUCUCUUUUUGCUGUGGUCGAAAACAUCCUUAAGCAUACUUUCCAAGUUGUCGAUAAAGUUGUGCAGGGUAUCCAUAUAGAUGCUGACAUAGAGGAGAAGUCCCCCAAAGGCAGCCUUAGUGUACCACUAUGCACGCUUAAGCAAAUCAACAGUGAGAUGUCAUGCAAGUCCCUAGGUGAAGAAACUACGCACAAAGUAGCUCUUUCAAUACUCAACAACCUGCGAAGCUACACAUGGGAGGCGAAGGCCGUGCUAACCCUAGCGACCUUUGCCAUUGAGUAUGGAGAUUUUUGGCUCCUCGCACAACUUCACCAUGCCCAUGUUCAUGAUCAAAUGACCAAAGCCUUGGAGAUCUUAAAAAGAGUGCCCGCCGUCAUAAGGCCCUUGGAGCUCCAAAAACGUCGCCAGGCCAUUCUUGAGCUCAACGAUCUUGUUAGGGCAACUUUGCGCGUUAUUGAAAACAUCUUUGAGUUUGAGAACCUCUCUAAGUCUGAUCCGAAAGAUGUGCCGGCCUUGUCGGUGGCCACGGACCACUUUCCUGUGGACGUGUAUUGGGUUAUCCUUACUAUUGUGGCUUGCACCACUAAACUCGAUCUCCUUGCUCAUGACAGCGACGAGUUCAAGUCGUUGGAUUUGUCCCCCUAUUCUCAGAAAAUCCAAUACAUCAUCAACAAAUUUAAGACACAGUUGCUCCUUUGCAGAAAACAGAUUGAGGAGUUAGAUCACUACCGGAGGCUCUGCAAACUCAUGCAAACACCAACAGAAAUCAUGGAGAUUUUGAAAGCUCUGAUUUUUUCCAAGGAUAACGUCCUGCCUCAGCAUAGGUUUCUCAUUUUCACAAGGGAGAUUAAUAUUCAACCACUCUUUGAUGGUUCUACAAACAAAAUGGUGAAGAUUGAUGUUUUGAAGAGAAAGAACAUAUUUCUAUUCAUUUCAGGCCUAGACAUAACCGAGAAUGAUAUCUCUGUUCUCUAUCCAAUCUAUGAAGGAAUAAAAAACAAGAGUCAAUAUAAGAUCGUGUGGCAGCCCAUUGUGGAGCAAUGGAACGACAAUCUGCGGAGGACAUACGACAGACUGCGGGCGAGGAUGCCAUGGUACAGUGUUCAGUUCUUUUCCCGUAUUGCAGGCUUCAAAUUCAUCAGAGAAAAAUGGAACUUCAAGGGAAAGCCUUUGGUGGUGGCAUUGAACCCACAAGGGAAGGUGGAAAACCCCAAUGCGCUUCACUUGAUCCGAGUUUGGGGAAUGAAAGCCUUUCCUUUCAACAAAACUGCGGAAGAAUCGGUGUCUAACCAACUAAACUGGAUCGGCCCCAUAGCACGCGACAUUGACCCGGUUAUUCAAACAUGGAUCGAGGAAGAAAAGUACAUUUUCUUCUACGGAGGCAAAGACAAGGAAUGGCGCCAACAGUUCGCAGAGAAGGUGACCACGCUCGCAAACGACCCCGUCUUCAAGGAAGCCAGGAUCUCCGUAGAGCUUUUCCGCGUGGGAAAGACCAACAAAGGAGAAGACGAAGACGACGGCGACGACCACGGCGUUGUGGGCCGGUUCUGGACCGCCAUUGAAGGGCUCUUCUUCACCAAGGCCCACAAGGAGGUGGACCCCGUUUCACAAGAGAUCCAAAAGCUGCUUUCCUACAAGAAUGAGAGCGGUUGGUUUGUGCUCAGCAAAGGGUCGACCGUGGUUGUGGCUGGCCAUGGAUACACUAUAUUAAGAGUCUUUGAGGAGUUUGAGAAAUGGAAAGAAGUUGUGAAGCAAAAGGGUUUUGAGGUUACUAUUAAGGAGUAUCAUGGCAAGGCUCUUUUGACUAUACGACAAUGCUGUCGUCUUGACAUUCCGACUGUCGUUGGAAAGGUUCCGGAAACGAUGAAGUGUCCUGAAUGUACACGUGUUAUGGAGUCAUACGUCAGCUACAAGUGUUGCCACGUGGAUGGAGCUCAUCACUAAUGAUAACAUAUUAUAUGGUUAAGGAUUGAUGUCGGCUCUCUUCUGUCUUCUAAUUUACUAUACUAAUAUAUUGUCGUUUAUUAGUGGAAAGUGCGUUUGUGUGUGUGUUUUUCUAAGGAGUCGUUUGGUUUGCUUUCCGAAUUGGUGUUUUAGCAUAUCGAUAAUGCUGUGCAGUUAUAAUAGGCAAUGAAACAAGUGAUAUUGUCCGAUCACUGUUGUCGUUUUAUGAGUGGUAUAUAUGUGUGUGUGUGUUUCUCUGAAAACUAAAGCCUUACUCUGAAACAAGUAAUAUUGUUAUUGAACAUAUUACUUGCCCUCGUGACUUUAUAAAAUCAUUGUUGUUGUUUUUAGA